AUGCAGUUCUCCUUCAACUUCCUCGCACUUGCACUUGCUGUCCUCCCCUCAGCCCUCGCGGCUCCAGCUCAAGUUUCUUGGCGCAUCCACCCCGCAGUCAACACGAACAAAUGUCUCAAUCUGCGCGGCAACGUUCGUGCGAACGGAACCGCUGUCGAUAUCUUCGACUGCAACUUGACCACCGCUCAGAACUGGGUCAUUGCCCCCGGAUCUACGAAGGUCCAGUUGGAAGGGACGAACUUUUGCCUUGACGCAGGUUCCACCCCCGCGAACGGCAUAGGCAUGAAGAUUUGGCAAUGCUUCGACGAUCUCCCUGCUCAGCAGUGGUUCCUCACCGACGAUGAUCGUAUCGCCCUGGAGAAUCAAGGUUUCUGUCUCGAUCUCACGGAAGGCAGUGUCGUCAACGGAAACCAAGUCCAGAUUUGGCGAUGCACCGACAAUGAUAUUAACCAAGCCUGGGUCCGUUGA